AUGGCCAUCAAAAGCCAUUCUUCCUCGAAUUCUAAUUCUUCAAAGAACCUUUUUCUUCAAUCAAAAUCUCCAGCUAACAGAUAUAGAAGGGGGGGGGGAAGAGGCAACAGGAAGGAAGGGGAAAGGAAGGCAUGCAUAUCCUUCUUCAUCACGGAGUUUGGUGACAAAUGGAAAACGAAGGAUUUGUUCUUCGAAUUUAAAGACCUAAGAGAGAUAGAUGAAGUGGUGAUUCCACCAAAAAGAGACAGAAAUGGCAGAAGGUAUGGUUUUGUUCACUUUCUUAAUGUGAAGGAUGUGAAUCUGUUGGCCAUAAAGAUGGACAAUGUGGUGUCAGAAAGGGGGAAGCUUUUUGCUAACUUUUCGAGGUUUGAGAGAGGCUCAAAGGAGAACACGAGGAUCGUGAGGAAGGUGGGAGGAUGGAGUAAGAAGAAGAAUGGUAGGGCUGAGGAAAAUUUGUCCCAAGGACACCGUUUAGACGAUUGUUUUGGUAAACGGUCUUUCGCGGAGGUCUUACAAAACAGUAAUAAAGCUAAGAGUAGUGGUGGUGUGGAUGAAACGCUUAAGGUCCUGCACUUUGUACCAGAUAAUGAUGAUAUUUUGAGAUAUAAGAGAGCGUUUGCUGCUGUGGUAAAAAAUCCAGAAGUGGCUGGAGAUUUUAAAAGGAAGUUUCUGGAAGAAGGUCUUUUCUCCAUCAGAAUAAUGUCUUUGGGUCCAAAGUUAUGCUUGCUGGAAGACUUAGUUUGUGGCGAAACUGAGUUGUUUGUAGAAGAAAAGAAGGAAUGGUGGAGUCAAUGGUUUAGCUCCAUCAAACCAUGGGAUUCGGCAGAUGUGGAUAAAGAGAGGCUCACAUGGUUGAGGUUAUCAGGGAUUCCUUGUCAUGCUUAG